AGGACCGGAAUUCCGGGCGGGCGGCUUGUUGUUAACAUGGCGGCGGGAGCUACCGGCACGUCUCCAGGAGGCGGCGGGGCCCACACCCGGAAGACGGGUCUCUUUUCAGCCUAGCGCGGCGGCCGUUGCGGACCCGGAAGUCCGGGCCGGUUGCUGAAUGAGGGGAGCCGGGUCCUCUCCGCGCCAGUCCCCCCGCGCCCUCCGCCCCGACCCGGGCCCCGCCAUGUCCUUCUUCCGGCGGAAAGUGAAAGGCAGAGAGCAAGAGAAGACCUCAGAUGUCAAGUCAGUUAAAGCUUCAGUAUCCGUACAUUCCCCACAAAAAAGCACUAAAAAUCAUGCCUUGCUGGAGGCUGCAGGACCAAGUCACGUUGCAAUCAAUGCCAUUUCUGCCAACAUGGACUCCUUUUCAAGUAGUAGGACGGCAACACUUAAGAAGCAGCCCAGCCACAUGGAGGCCGCUCAUUUUGGUGACCUGGGCAGAUCUUGUCUGGACUACCAGACUCCAGAGACCAAAUCGAGUCUUUCAAAGACCCUUGAACAAGUCUUGCAUGACACUGUUGUCCUCCCUUAUUUCAUUCAAUUCAUGGAACUUCGGAGAAUGGAGCAUUUGGUUAAGUUUUGGUUAGAGGCUGAAAGUUUUCACUCUACAACUUGGUCCCGAAUAAGAGCACACAGUCUGAACACGGUGAAGCAGAGCUCACUGGCUGAACCUGUCUCUCCUUCUAAAAAGCACGAAACUACAGCAGCUUUUGUAACGGACUCUCUUGACAAGAGAUUGGAGGAUUCUAGCUCAGCCCAGUUGGAAGGAAUUGACCUGAAUAGAACUAGCAACACGCAGAAUCACUUGCUGCUUUCCCAGGAAUGUGACAGUGCCCAUUCUCUCCGCCUGGAAAUGGCCAGAACAGGAGCUCAUCGGGGUUCCGUGGAAACCCAGGAAUCCUCCAGAUUUAUAGUAGCCAGUCCCUCUUCUCCACUAAAGGAAUUAUCAGGAAAAUUAAUGAAAAGUAUAGAACAAGAUGCAGUAAAUACUUUUACCAAAUAUAUAUCUCCAGAUGCUGCUAAGCCAAUACCAAUUACAGAAGCAAUGAGAAAUGACAUCGUAGCAAAGAUUUGUGGAGAAGAUGGGCAGGUGGAUCCCAACUGCUUUGUCUCAGCACAGUCCGUAGUCUUCAGUGCAAUGGAGCACGAGCACUUUAGUGAGUUUCUACGAAGUCACCAUUUCUGUAAAUACCAGAUUGAAGUGCUGACCAGUGGAACUGUUUACCUGGCUGACAUUCUCUUCUGUGAGUCAGCCCUCUUUUAUUUCUCUGAGUACAUGGAGAAAGAGGACGCAGUGAAUAUCCUACAGUUCUGGUUGGCAGCAGACAACUUCCAGUCUCAGCUUGCUGCCAAAAAGGGCCAGUAUGACGGACAGGAGGCACAGAACGACGCCAUGAUUUUAUAUGACAAGUACUUCUCCCUUCAGGCCACACAUCCUCUUGGAUUCGAUUAUGUUGUACGACUGGAAAUUGAAUCCAACAUCUGCAGGGAAGGUGGGCCGCUCCCUAACUGUUUCACCACUCCGUUACGUCAGGCCUGGACAACCAUGGAGAAGGUCUUUUUGCCUGGCUUUUUGUCCAGCAACCUUUAUUAUAAAUAUUUGAAUGAUCUCAUCCAUUCGGUUCGUGGAGACGAGUUCCUGGGAGGAGGUGUCUUGCUGACGGCUCUGGGCUCUGCCGGCCCCACCGAGGAUUCCCACCCCGGGGUGGCUGACAGCUCCGCCGUGCAGUCUAGUGUGAAAAAAGCCAGUGUUAAAAUUCUGAAAAAUUUUGAUGAAGCGAUAAUUGUGGAUGCUGCAAGUCUGGAUCCAGAAUCUUUGUAUCAACGGACGUAUGCAGGGAAGAUGACAUUUGGAAGAGUUAGUGACUUGGGGCAGUUCAUCCGAGAAUCUGAGCCUGAACCUGAUAUAAAGAAAUCGAAAGGAUCCAUGUUCUCUCAAGCUAUGAAGAAAUGGGUCCAAGGAAAUACUGAUGAGGCCCAGGAAGAGCUAGCUUGGAAGAUUGCUAAAAUGAUAGUCAGUGAUGUUAUGCAGCAGGCACAGUGUGAUCAGCCGCUAGAGAAGUCCACAAAGCUAUGACUCAAGACCUGAGAUAAAAGAAAUCUGCUUUUGGAGAAUAAGAGAACUUUUUUCCUUUGGUUGGAUUCUUCCCCACAGCCAGUGAAAACAGAGCACUGUACUUCUUCUCACUGUUGUUCCCAAGAAAGAAUGGCAGACAAUCCUAGACUUCCACCGUCGGCAGAGUGUCGCGUAGACACGUCUGCACACGAUGAUCACGCAGUGAAAGUCGUAGAGACAGAGUGGUGUUGUUUACAUUAUUAGAGAAUUACUAGUUUUCCAAUGGCAAUAACCCAUGUGUGGAAGAGUUAGUCCACUGGGAUGGGCGGGGGCCACACGCCAUGGGAGACGCAGAGGCGUGGAGCCGGUAUCUGAUGCACCUCCCGUGGCGGUGACCCGCCGCGACAGCAUCAGACAGCGGCACCAGAGGGGCUUCGCUUGGUCUCCUGAGCAGGCAGGGGAGGCGGCCCCCCGGGAGCCAGGCGGUGUGGUGCCGUGCCAGCAGGCGGCUUUUCUUCCGGGGAGCGGGGUCUGCGCAGAGGCGUUGAUUUGGAAGUGGGUCAAGUCUUGGUGACGUUGUCCUCCCCUUUGGGGACAGUGUGUGGUGUUCACGUUGUAAUUGCUCCUGAGACGCAGUACUCUUAAAACCAGCUCCCCCGCGGCCGGAAGGGCGAGCCUCUGCGCCGCAAGUGGUAGGACUUGCUCCUCCGAGAUUCUGGGCUCCGGUGACGUCACCUCCCCUCAGAGUACUUGUGGAAAGGGAUGUGCAACAGCCAUCACUCCAGUUUUCCCCUGUGGCUCCUUGAACAAAAUGUUUAUUCCCAGAUGGUAGAGUUUUUAAAGAAGGUGGGCGGGCAGGCGUGGGGACAGAGAGGCACUCAGUUCUGACUCUCUCCUCUUCUUUGCUCUGCGCUGGGAAGUGUGCAGGUUGUGGCCUUUUCUUCUGUCUGUGGGGUAACGAGAGGCCCCUCCCUGCACUUCCACUCGGUCGGCUUCGGGGUCUGGACCUCGCUGCCAUGGGCGGGGCCGCCCCGUCGGCCGCACGCUCCAUGCCGGCGGUGCCAGCGCUGCCUCACCACACGGACUGUCGGAGGGAAGGAACGUUCUCUUAGGUGUUACUGCUUUUGCUCAGACUUCGCAAAAAAUACAUAUAUACACAUAUGAAUAUAUAAUUAUUAAUCACCUCUGUCCUUGAGAAAGUCUUGAAUGAAUAGAGAAUUUAUUCCACUGCAAUAUUUGGUUGUAUAGACGCGCACUGUUUCAUCAACAGAAGAAGCAGAAAGGCUGUGUAUGAGUUUUUGGUACUAUGUACCACCUCUGUUAUUCUUCUAAAGUGAAGUAUUCAUGUACUUAAACCAUAUUCUAUUUAAUUGUGUUUGAUUUUAAAAUAUAUAUAUGAAUUAUA